GAAAUGAGUUUUAUUUAAUGCUAGAAUUGUUGGUAACUUAUCAUAUGAACGCAUACGAAGAGGGAUAUGUGAAUCAGCUGAUAGAAUCGUAGUCUCUUAGGUUAUGGCAUAUUUGUUUGUCAAAACAAUAUACGUCUAAUCUCAUGCCGAGAAGAGCAAUGGCAUCUGAUACUGGAUUUGAAAUGGAUCAAGAUCUUGCAAAAAGGCUUUUGGUGGAGGGAGGUACUUUAGUACUUUUAGAUGUUCCACGUGGAACAGAUUUUGGAAUUGAUUUAAAAUCCUGGAACACGGGUGAGGAUUUCAAAGGUGUAAAAAUGAUUCCACCUGGAUUUCAUUAUGUCCAUUACAGUGCAGCAAAUGAGUUUGGUGAGUUAGCUCCACGAGUUGGGUUUAUUCAUAAUUUCAAGAAAUCAGAAUUUGUUGUCAAACGAUGGGAUUCACAAAAGGAAGAUAUAAGUUCAGAAGUAGUCUCUGAAGAAGUGAUUGAAAGAUUGAAGGAUAAUAUAAAAAAUCUUGACAGAUAUCUUGGACCAUAUCCUUAUGACAUAUGGAAACAAUGGAAGGAAUUGAUAAAUCAUAUUGAUGAUUCAGUAGUACAGAGAUGUGCACCUUUAUGUGGUUUCGUGCGUUCAGCUUUAGAGUUGGAAAACUGUGAUGACGCAUCAAGACCAAGGGGUGGCGAAUCAAGUCAAAAACGACAAAGAAGAAGUGGACUUUCCAUAGAAGAGAAAGAAGAAUUAUUGUUACCCCAUUUAAAACCUGUACCAGGCACAGAGCUCAGAUUAACCAAACUACCUGAAAAACAUUAUCCGGAUGGAGCUUCUCCUACUGAAAUUACGCAACACUCUCUUGACACAAGUUAUACAUUAGAAACGUUACUAACACAAUUGAAACAACCCAUGGAAUUAAUUGCUGAGAUGCAAUUAGCUUUUGUAUGUUUUCUCGCUGGACAAAGUUUGGACGCUUUUGAACACUGGAAACGACUCGUUUCACUAAUUUGUGGCGCAGAUGCAGCAAUUCCAAAUCGACGUUCUAUUUAUGUAGAAUUUCUAAGUACACUAGAGGUGCAGUUGCGUCACGUACCUGAAGAUGUUCUUUGUGAUAUCGUAGCCAGCAAUAAUUUUGUUUAUCACAAUCUCCGCAAAUUGUUCGCCACCAUCGAGAUGAGCUCAGAAGUGGACGGUCGCUUAAAAUCUCAGGCAGUUAGGAUGCGGGAAAGACUUACCAGUAAAUUUCAAUGGGACUUUUCUGACAUGCAGGAUGAAGACGAUGAAGAUGCACCAGUAGUAGUAACGUUUGAAUAAUAUUAAUUUAAUUCAUUGCAUCUAUUACUCCAAUAUUUUUAAUAAAAUAUAUUAAGCGUGCAACUAUAAACUUUUUUGAUAUUUCAUACUAUCCUAUUACACUGUGCAGUAUUGUAAUUUAAAAUGAGGUUUGAAAAAAAUGUGUAGUAUUUUCUAUUUUGAUAAAUAUACACAUAUAUUAGAA